AGAAAUGGAGAGAGAAGGGAGAAAAAAUAAAAAGGAGAGAGAAAAAGCUAAGGAAAAAAGAGAUAUUUCCUAGCAAAUAUAUAUAUGGGAUAGUAUUAGAGCAAGCUAAAGCUUGUUCACCAUUUUUGCAGGCGAGGUGAGAGAAAACAUAUAUGGAGAAAGGAGAAAAGGGAAGAGAGAAAGCCAUAUGGGAUUGCGGCAGCUCACUCUACGACUCCUUCGAGCUAAAAACCUUCGAGCGCCACCUCCACUCCGCCAUAUCUUCUAGAACUCUCUCCAUGCCCCAUUUAUCCGACCGCCGGAUUAUUCCGCCGCCGCCGCCUCACUCCAAGAAGUCAUCAUCUUCCAAGAUUUCACGCUCGCUUCAGAAGCUACUCAAGUCCGUGUUCCGCCCCAGACAUCAUAAGUCCGCCGCCGCCGCGUUGUCGGAGAUCCCGGAGUACGACACGAUUUCGCCGGAGAUUGGGCCCUUUGUUCGGAGAACGGCCUCCGAUCGCUUCAAGCCGGCUCCGCUGGGUAUUUCGUGUGCCUGAUCGCACUAGGAAAGAGCUUCGCUUGUAGUAAGUAGUCUACGGCAAAACAAAUUAGUAUUUGUUGAUUAUAAAUAUUUUUAUUUUAAUAAAGUAGGGGACAUGUCACUUUAUUUAAAAUUUCUCUAGCCAAAUAGAUAUAUAUAAUUUUUCUUUACUUUUAGGAAAUGUAAAGUAUGGUUAAUUAAAUUAAAAACAUGUGAUAAUAAUAAGUUUUUGGGGGGCCAUGGCAAAUUUUAUUGUGGAUCGGACCAUGGUCCAAAACGGUAUUGUAUAACAUAUUCAGUUACAUUUCACCACAA